UUACAACAGGUACUUCUAGUUAGGCCAAGUUCAGUCACAGCUACUGAUUUGGACUGAAACGUUAUGGGCAGCAGCCAAGAAGAACAUCAUCAAAGACUUCUCUGGACUCAAAAGGCUUCCACGUUCUACAUCUUGAGCAUCUUCUACCACUCCGAAUUGAACCAGUCUUCAAAGUAAAGGCAAUGGCAUUUUAUCCCUUGCAAAUUGCUGGGCUGGUUCUUGGGUUCCUUGGCAUGGUGGGGACUCUUGCCACAACCCUUCUGCCUCAGUGGAGAGUAUCAGCUUUUGUUGGCAGCAACAUUAUUGUCUUUGAGAGGCUCUGGGAAGGGCUCUGGAUGAACUGCAUCCGACAAGCCAGGGUCCGGUUGCAAUGCAAGUUCUAUAGUUCCUUGUUGGCUCUCCCGCCUGCCCUGGAAACAGCCCGGGCCCUCAUGUGUGUGGCUGUUGCUCUCUCCUUGAUCGCCCUACUUCUUGGCAUCUGUGGCAUGAAGCAGGUCCAGUGCACAGGCUCUAACGAGAGGGCCAAAGCAUACCUUCUGGGAACUUCAGGAGUCCUCUUCAUCCUGACGGGCAUCUUCGUUCUGAUUCCGGUGAGCUGGACAGCCAGUAUAAUCAUCAGAGAUUUCUACAACCCAGCCAUUCACAUAGGUCAGAAACGAGAGCUGGGAGCAGCACUUUUCCUUGGCUGGGCAAGCGCUGCUGUCCUCUUCAUUGGAGGGGGUCUGCUUUGUGGAUUUUGCUGCUGUAACAGAAAGAAACAAGGGUACGGAUAUCCAGUGCCUGGCUACUGUGUGCCACACACAGAUAAGCGAAGAAACAGGACAAUGCUUAGUAAGACCUCCACCAGUUAUGUCUAAUGCCCCCUUUUGGCUCCAAGUAUGGACUACGGUCAAUGUUUUUUUAUAAAGUGCUGCUAGAAACUGUAAGUAUGUGAGGCAGGAGAACUUGCUUUAUGUCUAGAUUUAAACUGAUAUGAAAGUUUCAAUUUGUUACUGGUGGUAGGAAUGGAAAUGACUUACUUGGACAUUCUGACUUCAGGUGUAUUAAAUGCAUUGACUAUUGUUGGACUCAAUCGCUGUUCCAAUUUUCAUAUUCUAAAUUCAAGUAUGCCCAUAAUCAUUGGCAAGUGUACAAUGAUGGACUACUACUUUUUGACCAUCAUAUAUUAUCUGAUAAGAAUCUAAAGUUGAAAUUGAUAUUCUAUAACAAUAAAACAUAUACCUAUU